AUGGACCAGCAACAAUUGCAGUGUCAAUUACAGCAUUUUAUUGAUAAAGGACGCGCACCGCCAUCUGGUCGUCGUCUCGAACGAGCUACAAAUGAUGUGACGGAUAUACGAGGCGCAAAACCGCUGCUAAAGAACCACAUGUAUGUCAACAAACCACAUUUUUAUGAUCCGCGCGACAUCAAGGGAUCUACGAGCAUGGAGCUACAUCCGAAGAGUCGAAACGCAGGAAGCGAUGACCGAUUUAAGCAGCUUCCGAUUGAAGGCAGCACACCACGACCAUCCGGCUUUCGUACUGAUCGUGUUGUAAACCCAUUGGAGCCAACCUAUAAACUUCCGUCAUUUAAUCAAGCUCCGCUGCUCGCACCAAAAUUUUUACGUGACAGCUAUAACGUGGCCGACAUCGAAGGCACAUGCAUCAAGAUUCGUGAUAUUAAGCAUCCUCGGGAUGUUCUUAAGCUGAACGAUAUUGCAGGAGCUUACGCAGGAUGGUUACCACGUCACAAGCGAGAAGUACGCGAGAAUCCUCCGCGAGAUAUUUUGAACGUGCGAGACAUCACAAACGUUGACUUUAAAUCAAGUCGUGUAACAAACGUUUUAAAUCCCAUUUAUACAGUUCAUGGCACCACUUUCAGCGACGAUCCGCUCUCACGACCACAAUCGUACCAUCCAAAGCGAGAAAAACCAAGCUACUUAUUGAAGACCGACGACAUUAAUGGUACAAAGUGUGCUGACCCAGCCACUACAGUUGUCGCAGGCAUUAUUAUGGCAAACAGACGCAACUAUAGAGAUACUAAUUCCACUUCCGACAUUUGUGGCGCUAAAGCUGAUACUCUGGUGCACAGCAUUCGAUCAAAUCGUUGUGUUGAUCCCAACUCUCCGCAAUAUUUGGCAUUGGAUGGAUCGAAUGUCGACGCUAGUGCGAUUUCUGUUGGAAAAUCGAUCAUAUAUGCCAACCUAGCUGAGGAAUAUGAAAUGCUUAAGGCUGCUUACAAACUUAGCCAUAAUGAGGCGACAUCUGACGUCGUGAGUGGUGUAGGCAAUGUGGGUUUGUUAGGCUCAGCAAAUAGAAAUCGUGAGAAGAGGCCUUUACGCAUGACGCGACCACCUCUACCAUGUUUCGAGGGAUGCCCACCUAAUUCUGCGCCUGUAAAAUUUGCAAAAUCGAAGACAGAUCUCACGCCUGCUGUUGCUAACAGAAAAUCGAUCAAGCCCGUAAAGGUUUCGUCGAGUAUUGGAAGGACUCGCACUGAGCAAAAGCUGGCAGAUACAAGACGAGAUGAGAUUCAACUAGUGCGGGAGCUUUACUAA